AUGAAGCUCGAGUCUUUUCGUCGGCUGCGGAUCCCCGCGCAGAAGGACUCGCCCUUCUGCUGGGAGGUGUUGGUCAAGCAGGAUGGGUUCUUUCCCACGAAAUCUGCUCUCGACGCGGACGCAGAGACUGCGCAGCUCGAGGGAGGAGUGGACCGCGAGAAGUCCCGGCGCACGCUGUUUGUGACUUCCGUUCCGCCGCUUCUUUCUGUGGCGAAGCUCUCUCGAGUGUUUGAAGAGGCAUUCGGGGAAAUCGAAGACGUGAAGGAGAAGGUCGUCGUGCAGAGAGGCGCGGAGGAACGUCUCCGCAAACGCAAGGCAUCGGGCUACGGUGUCUCGUCUUCAACCCUGCAGCCGUCGUGCUCCGCCAUUCGUCUUCUUCACUUCGUCUUCCGCUCGGCUCUCUCUGUGUCUUCGCUUCUUUCUUCUGCACUUCCUGUCGGUGGCGGACAGCCCAACGGCCCCCAGAGCAAGCACACCCCAGACAAGGCUGAGGACGGCCGAGGACCAAGGGAGGCUUUAGCAUCUGAUGCGAAAGCAGUCGAUGGCAGUCUUCGCCUAAAGACUGACGGCGCCGCCGGCUGGCUCCAGGAAGCCGCGGCCUUCGCUAGAACCCCAGACGAGCUCCAGCGGGAGGUCGACGAGUUCAUGGAGAACCACGAUUUGAAGAAGGAGAUAGAGAGACAACGCCUCAAGCAGCAGCAAGUGACAGACGAGGACGGCUUCACUCUGGUCGUUGGGUCCUCCGCGACCGCCGCUGACGGCACGACCUUCAAGGCGAUUCGCCGAUCGGAGGCUGGCGGCUCUCCGCUGGGCGUCGCAGUCGCUGGCAGCCGCGGCUUCGCUGGGAGAGCGGGCGCGAGGCGGGGGGCGCCGGACGACGGCGAAGAAGGAGCUGUCAAUCUUUUUGUUCAGCAGAACGCUGCUGCGUGCGGAGUUAGCAGUCUGGACGAAGCACGAGGCGGCACCGGCGGACGUAGGAGAAAGAAGAAGAGAAAAGGCGGCAUCGAAGAGGACUUCUACCGAUUUCAGAGACGCGAAAAAAGACGAAAAGAAUUUCUCGACGUGCAGCGCUCCUUGGCAGCAGACGAAAAACGCGUGGAGGCGAUGGAGAAGGCGAACAAGUUCUCUCUUUGA